UACGCGGCAUGCGGUGUAUGUAAAAUGUACUCCUCUGGCGUACUACUGUGUUCGCGGCAUAUACACAGCAAAUACGCAGCAUGUACGCCACAGAGGCUUGCUUCUGUAAGGGAUUGCACAUAAAAUCUCGAGAAAAGGAGAAAGUGUCCUCAGUAUAAUAACACCAAUGUUGUUUGUAUGAAAAUAAACAUAUUUUUCUUUCCAUAAUUUUUUAGAUAGGCGAUAUAUGACUUCUUUGUGUUGAUUCGCUGUAAAACCCAACUCAUUCACUUUCCAUAUAAAAUCUAUAGUGACUGUAAAGAUUCUGCGUUGUUGUCUGUCCUUGUCCAAUAACAGUGUGUGUGACCAUGAGACGUCAUCAGGUGUUGUUGUUUGUUAUGUUAUUGUCUACGUUUAAUGCAAAUUGUCUAGGUUUGAUGCAAAUUUUAUCGGGAAAGUCUGUAUUUGAACAAAUAUUAAGAACAAACAAAGGAGCAUUUCACUACUUGCUACCAUUGCAGCCCGACACAGAAUUCGUAUUAGCUUUGGUAAAUUCAAGAAUAUACUUCUAAUAAAUUUCUUUAAAUUUAUAUUUUACUUAGGAUAAACGGUGUGUCUUAAAAUAUUUUAGGAUUAUCUCCUAGCAACAGAAAUUAUAUCUGUCUUCAAUAUCUUUUUAAAGCAAUACAUGGUUUUACAGAUAUCCUAAAGCCAGACGGAUUGUUCACUUAGUAAUCAACCAUGAAACUGAUAUUAUAUUGUGCUGUUAUAUUCUUAGCAUGUGCUUUCACCUGUCUCACAGGACCUGAGAGUGUUGCAAAUGCCAAGCCCAUUCCUGGAUGUGCUUCAAACACAGAGUGUCCACAAGGAAGAAGAAUUUCUAGACAUGUGCAGGGUCAGCCUGAGCCACGAAGUGAAUCAAGCAACUCGGACUCGGCCGAUGAUUCAUCAGACUUAAACCCAGGUCAAGGUUCAUCAGACUCAAACUCAGGCAAUGGUUCAUCAGACUCAGACUCUGGUAAAGGUUCAUCAGACUCAGACUCAGGCAAAGGUUCAUCAGACUCAAACUCAUGUAAAGAUUCAUCAGACUCAAACUCAGAAUUAGACAGGUGUAGUACAGACCCUUGUAAGAAUAAUGGUACAUGUGUAGAGGGUGCAGACAAUUACACAUGCAGUUGUGCUGAUGGUUUCAGAGGCAGAAACUGUGAAGAAUUGGACAGAUGUAGCACAGGCCCUUGUAAGAAUAAUGGUACAUGUGUAGAGGGUGCAGACAAUUACACAUGCAGUUGUACUGAUGGUUUCAGAGGCAGAAACUGUGAAGAAGCAGUACCUGUUGCGUCAUGUCAAGAAGGAUGGUUCUUUUUCAGUGGUAGCUGUUAUUAUCUUAGUGACAUGGAUUUAGAUUGGCUAUCUGCUGUUGCUGCCUGCAAUGAAACCGGUGCAUAUCUUACAGAAAUCCAGACUCAAGCAGAACUGGAUUUUUUUACUACGAUACCUGAUUUCAAUGAGUUUGUUUGGAUUGGACUGAACGAUAGGAAGAUCGAGGGCGAAUUUGUUUGGCAUAAAUCAGGGGACCCAGUGUCUUUCAUCAGUCCGCAAUAUUAUUUCCGCGGCAGCUUUCCAGAUUGGGACUGUGUUGCCUUUGAGGUCAAUUCCAAUUUUUGGGUAGAUGGCAGUUGUAACAUGGAACUUUUAUAUAUCUGUGAAAAGGAAUCUAUGUAUUAGCAGAGGAAGAUGUCAACCUCGAAGGACAAAAACAGGAAAAUUUGAAAGAUUUUGAUAUGUCAGUGGACUAAAAUAUUUUUCUGGCAUUUUGUAAAUGGACUAAACAUCUUUGUCGAAAGUUACUAUGUAUUCUUUUUAAUUCGAUGUAAAUGAGAUGUGAAACCAAAAUUUGUAGUCCUGUUUGGCGCCAUAUAACCUAUACUGUGCUGAUGCGCCGUAAAACCCAAAUAAACAAAUAAUAUUUAAUUUAAAAAAAAUAGUUCAGCUCUUUAUUCCAUAUUCUCAGUAAUAAAAGCAUUAAAUAAUAAAAAUGA